AUGUGGCAUAGUAUUGUUCGAGCUGGUCUUGUUCGAGUUUUCUAUCCGUGUUUAAUGAUUUUCGGGACGAUUGGUAAUAUAUUAUGUUUGAAAAUUCUUCUCCGUAAACGUUUUCGUUGCCAAUCAACAUGUCAAUAUUUAUGUAUACUUGCUGUUAUUGAUAUUAUUUUCAUUUAUAUGAGAUCAGCACGUUUCUUAUAUCGACAUAUAUAUCGUGUUGAUAUACGUAAUGCAUCAUUAUGGAUAUGUCGAACGUAUAUAUUUUUAUCAUCAACACUGUCACAUUUAGCAUCAUGGAUACUUGUCAUUGUUAGUUUUGAUCGAUACUUUAUUGUAAAAAAUUUAUUUCCCCGCCGUCAUGUAGGUUGGAGUGUGACUAACUCAACUUGUUUGCUUAUUUCAGCUGUAUCACUUCUCAAUAUAUAUUAUUUUCGUAUCUUAGGAGUUGAAAUGGUAAUGAACAUGCCGAACGCUCAAAAAACUAAUAAUAUUUCUAAUGAAACUGUUGCGCAGAUUACGCGUUUUGUAUGCAUUGCACAUUCACCGUUCAAAAAAUUUUUUCAUUUAUAUGUUCCUAUAUUUGAUUUACUUUUUGUUGCUAUCAUACCAUUUUGUCUUAUGACAUUUACGAAUAUUGGCAUUAUUCGUAAAACAAUGCGUUCAAAUAUGUUAUAUAUAACAUCAAUAAAACAGAAACGAAACAAUCGCGUAACUAUUAUGUUAUUAUCUAUUAUAGUAGCUUUUAUGCUUUUAACAUGUCCAUCCGUUAUUUAUAUAUGUUUAAAUCGUUUAAAAACAUCAACAGCAAUUUCAAAUACGAAACUAAUUGUUCUUGAUUUAUUUGAAUCAUUAUGGUAUACAAAACAUGCACUCAAUUUUGUAUUAUAUACAUUAAGUGGGCAAGAUUUUCGACGAGAAUUUUUAAAAUUACUUCCAUGUUAUAGACAAGAACCAUCACGUUCAUCUAUUAGUCAACAAAAAGCUCAUAACAAUGAUGUAACUGCACAUCUUAGUAUAGUAUCGGUUGGAUCAUCUUCAACAACGAAGCGAUUGCUUGAGCAACGAAAUGAACGAAAAAUAACGAUAUAA